AUAUCUCUUUUUACUUAAUUUAAUUGCACACAAAAAUUAUCAUUUAUAUACAUGAUUAUAUGAUUCUUAAAUAUGAUUCUAAUUUAUGAUCUGAAUUCAUUGAUUUUUUUUCUCGAAAUCUCGAUAAAAUAAUAAAAAUUUGAAACAUUUAAAAUAAAUUUGAAUUACAUAAAAAUUAAGCUUUCGCAGUUGCAUAUUCUUUGUUAUUAGGAUAAAAAAAGUUUAUGAUUAAAGAAAAGUCAAGUAUGCAAAUUUCUAAUGUGUAAAAAUCAUAUGCUGUUUCGUGUCGCUUCUGAUUAAUUCAUUUCACCUUCUCCGAAAAGCGAUCGAUAACUUAUUGAUGUAAUUGUCGCAAGUUGACAUGGCAACGGGAAUUUCUUAUUUUCAUUUCAAGUCUGCUUUUCUACCAGACGCAUGAGAAUGCGAUAAGAAUAUGGUGAAAGAAAAUUAACUAAAUCGUUUCAAAAUCGUGAUCGAAUAAUAAUAGCAAUGGGUGGUAAAGGCAAGAAAAAGUCUGGCACGAAGACGAAUGGAAAAAAUAAUGGAAAAGGCGCUAAAGGUGGCAAUGGCGGCAAAAGUAAAGGAUCGAAGAAAUCAAGAAGAAGCGGCGGAAAAGCACGAUUCGCUAUGGAUAUUUUUAAUGAGGAGGUGAUGGAGAAUGCUUAUUAUACGUGCCACAACAUCAUGGAUGUGCUGAAGUGCCGAGGUUUCCCGUGGCCAGAGGCUCAAAAGAAAAAGAAAGGAAAACGAAAUAAAUAGUUGUUUACAUCUGCUCUUACAAAAUAUUGGAAUAUUUGCAAUGUGACAUAAGUAUCCAUUACAUAAAAAAAUCUACUAAAUAAAUGUCAUUAUAUUAA